UUCUGUGAACUGUGUCCUUCCUCUGCCUCAUUUAAAAUGUCUAUCUUUGAUAAUCCGGAGCAACUGCGUGCUCUACAAAACCUCCUGAAUCCAUGUCAAAGGCGGCGUGGUGGCAUCGAUUGUAGUAGCAGUGAGGAUGAGGACGAGUCCAUGGUGGUUCAUAAACUGAACCCCGGCGGAAUCGGGCCUCCCAAAACUGGGUCCGCUCCUGGCAAGACGAAAAGCAAAAAGAAGGCCAAUCCAUACAUCACCCCCUUGGUUGAGGAAGAAAAGAAGCAGCCGGAGACGCUGGAGCAGUGGCAGGAACAACAGGAACGAGAAGAUAAUGAUAUCCUAGAAUCGAGAAAAACACCUGAAUAUACGAUGACAUAUCGUCAGGCAGUGGGAACGGAAGAUGUUUUCCUGCAGAUGGGUAAUCGAACUGGAUCGUCGGCUAGCUGUGAAGAUCUGGUCCUCGAGAUUUCAUUGCCGGACGAGGAAAUGUCUGCGGAUAAAAUGCAACUCGACCUGCAAGAAACUGAACUGGACUUGAGAACUUGUUUGUAUCGCCUGCGCUUGCCGCUGCCACAUCCUGUGGAUGUGGAUCGGUGCAGAGCGAAAUACGACAACGAGAUGAAGAAAUUGCAACUUUUACUCCGGCUCAAAAGGGAGCUGGACUUUGUGAAUUUUUAAUUCACACCUCACAACACCUAUCACACUUUUUUUUAGUUUGCACCUCUUGCACAAAGUUAUAUA